AUCAAUCAUCAAUGACAACCUCAUCGUGAUUCGUGACUCGUGAGGCCAAUAACCAAACUCGAAAAACCAACAUUGUUCUCGGACAUGCGUUAUAAGUGGUAACAAGCGGAACACCACAAUUUGUAAAGGAUGGCUAAUGUUGAAGGUGGAAGACUUCGGCAAAUAUCACAAAACAUGCAAGAGGAGGUACACACCGUCUUAGAAGAAGGCUUUUCACAUGCCUGCCAAAGCACUGCUGUAAAGGAUCACCUGUUUAAAGCUGUGAGGCUUGAGAACAACGAGGAAGAAGUUGACUUUACAUUUGGUGAAAAACUGUUGCUUCCUGAUGCAAAAACUUUGAAUCCUUUGAAAGUUGAAAACCUUGGAGAUAUCUCGAUUCCAGUAUCUGUUAAGGAUCUUCAAAGGCUGAAAAAAAUAUCUGAAGGAUCUUGUUAUGGCAAACAACUGAACAAGAUUUUGGACUCUUCCAAACGGCUGGCCUUGGAAAUUAAUUCUUCAAAACUUACCUCUACAAUUUCUGAUGACCUCAAGUUACCUUCACUGGCAAUUCAACAUCUUGGCCUGCCCUCUGAAUUGAUGGGUGUUCAAGCAAAGCUUCAGCAAUUGAUUUUGUAUGAAUCUGGCGGUCAUUACCACCGAACCAUGGAAUACGAAAAAGAAUAUGGUUCGUUUGGUACCAUGAUACUUCAACUUCCCGUAAAAGGCGGGCAUGAAGGUGGACGUUUCAAGGUGGAAUAUGGAGGAAAGGAAAAAGUGUAUGAAAACCACAAGGACAGCGAUCGAUGUUUUUAUGUUUCGCUAUUUUACGAAAACUGCGAACAUUCAAUGGAACCCAUAACAAAAGGGUCAAAAUUGACGUUAGUCUUUGAUCUUGUUUGGGCUAAUGCUCAACAACCGAUUCCGAAAGAUUUCCCUGUUUUUCUCACCGCCCUGAAAGGAAUAAAGGAAUCGCUCUCAUCUUGGAUGCUUCAAAGUGCAGACUCCCAAAUAAAGAACAUCACUAAUUGCACGUCAUCGAAAAAGUCAAAUCCAGCAUCUAAAAUGGAAGCCCUGCCAGUCGCAUCUAUGUCUAGAGAACAUUCGUGUAAAAAACGUUGUUCGAAUUCUUUGCCUUUAAAAGCACUUAAAAAAGAAGACCUGGAUGAAGAUGAAGAUCUGGAUGAAGAUGAAGAUCUGGAUGAAGAUGAAGACCUGGAUGAAGACCUGGAUGAAGACCUGGAUGAAGACCUGGAUGAAGACCUGGAUGACUUCAGGUAUAGACCUCGUCCACAAGAUAGCUGGAAAAAUCAAGACGAAGAUGAAGAUGAAUAUUGUGAUAGUUCCACUGGUUCUCCCCCGGAAGAUUUUUCGGAAGAAAAAGAUAUUGGAGAUCUAGAAGAUGUUUUGUACUUUGUUCUCGAAGAGAAGUAUGACGAAAAUUACUUUGGAUUUCGACGACUUCGGGGAAAAGACCGAGAUGCAGCUCAACUUUUUCAGUGUUGUGGAUUUCUGGACGUACACUUAGCAAUUGUGACAGAGACCGUUACUACUAUACGUGUUGUACCGAAUUCGAAAACUGAUUGGUGUGAUUGCCACGCUUACAAGAAAGUGAAAUCUUCUAACAAAAUUUCGCGAUGGUUGGAUUCGGAAGAUAUCUCCAGGAAGUUGAGAAUUGAUAUAAAUUGGAAGGAGCAAUGUGUUGGACCUAGUAGGAAGCUUCCAACAAAAAGCAGCAAAAAGAUUGACUCGAAAGAUAGACAUUAUACGUGUGGUGAAGAAUGUUAUGGAUCGGGUGAUACAACCGCUAACGAAAAAUAUAUCCAACACUUUAUUAUGGUUAUUUGGCCCAAGCGUGAAUCGUUUCGGAUGUAUUGUCGUUAUGGUCUUCACGCACUACUAGAAAAAAUGGAAUUCAAAAGUUCAACUAGAUGGCUUAAAGAAAGAGUGCAAAAGGCCACUGGAGAUUUACGAAAAGUCAUUUCAUUUUGUUCUUCUGAUCCUUGGCACAUGUGGAACCAAACAGGAUUUGGCAAAGGCGAAGUCGCAGAACGCUUACUGCGUCUUUGUAUUAACUUCCGAGCCCGCGAAGAAGGCCUUGCUCUCUUGAAGCUUUUGAGUGAAGACUUCCCAUUACCACAAGAAGGAACCAGCAACAUUCAAGAAACCUUUGAAGGAAUCAAAAGUGAACAAGUUGCCAAGGCGAUCGUUGAAUUCGAGUGUCGAGUCAGUGGUUGGAAUGACUGCGCUGAUCUAAUUGAGAAAAUGAUUUCUCCUAAUCGAAUCACCCAGCAGCUCAUGCCCAUUAUCAAAUUGGCCCACUCCUUCUUGAACUUCGAUUGCUUAGAAGGAGCCAAAUUAGUUGGAGAUCGAGUUUCUUCCGCAUUCAUCAACAUCGACAAACAGCAAGCCCGCAACCCCACUUGGCAGCAAACUGAUAUUCGAGCUUAUAUUGAAUUAAUAUUUGCUCUAGAAGCCAAUCCCAAAACUUCUAAUCAAGGAAGAAUGAAGUCGUUUUCAUCAUUUUUCUCCAAACUGGAAUCUUCAAUGCUGUGCGACCUUGUACAAGAGAUGGCGGUUCAAGCUAGCUCGCAACGUAACGAGAACUCGGAAUCUUGCAAGAAAAUGUUUCAUGUCGUGUUCAAAGCUCUGAAUGACUGUGAUCUUCGUUCUCCAAGUAUCGAGAAAAAAGCAGUCGUUAACUUGAUUUGCUGCUGCUUUAGGACGAGGAACGCAGAAUUGCUUCGAUCUUUCCUAUCCAACAUCGUCCGCGCUCACAUCGCCUUUAAGGAAAACAAAACUCGUUCGGAGACAUUAUUGGAAGAUGUAAUUUCGUCUCCUGAAAUAUUGAAUUUGGACCUUUCGUCUGACCUAGGCGAGAUUUUUAUGGAAGUGCUUGUCGAUAGUCAAUUAACUUCAAUCAAGAAAGAAACAUCAGGACCAGGCGAUCCAUGCGCGUAUGGAUAUUUUCUGUUGUCAUCCAAAUUAUCAUUAUGUUUUCAAUUAGUGAUUCACAGUGGGAAGAAUUCUCACAUACUCGAUCCACGACGAGCGAAGUUAAUUGCAUCAAUAUUGGCACAACUGGAUGUUAACCAAUUGUCCAACAUAUUCAGUGAUCUAUUGAAAAACAACUCGAAACGUUUGAAAGCGUGUCCUUCCUACCCCACGAUGAUUUCUCUUAUUGGCAAUUCCUUGAUAACGAAAUUGAAGAAAGACGAAGCUCACGAGCUCUCUAGACGAAAUCUUCUGAAUGUGUUGGAUGUUUUUAUCGAGUCGGGUGUUGCAUCAUUAACACAAUCUUUAAUCAAGCAAGUCUGUGCCAAUGAAGAAUCUGGGACCCGGAGCCAUCAAGAAAAAUACGAUUUGUUUGCUGGCUUAAUUAGUACUCCGCGCGUGUGGGGAAUACUGGAUUCCAAAUUGAAGCUGAUCAUCAUGAAAACCUGUGGUUCUAUCAUACAAACUUGGAUCGCCGAUAUCGAGAAGUUUUCAAAACGGAAUGACAUCCCAAUUUGCAUCCAUUUUUUUUUCUUGCUCGAAAGAAAUCGACUUAAAAAUGAACCAACAAUCGACGCUCAAUUGUUUGCACCAUUAAUUGCCAAACUACCAGUUUCCUCACUCAUGGAUCUUGUUUUACAGCUACACCAAUCGGAAGUCAAAACAAUUCCAAAUAUCAAGAAUUUUCCAGCCUGUUUCAAUUUUUAUCGCCAAGCGUCCAGGCUCUUCUUUACCAUGGACUUUGUGCCACUUGUCAAGAACGAGGAAGCAAUGCGCCUUUUGAAUUUGCUCUUGUGGCUGGAAGAUGAGCAAUCUUGGCAAUCGUUCGCAACAAGUGUUUCUACAGCCUUCCCAUCAACUAGCACCUAUAUCUUUUUACGCCUCUUCCUGGACAAUCCUGUUAUCAAGCAAGCCUUUACAGAUUCUAGUCUUGCUUUUGCUGCUUUCGCAACCAUUGUAGACAACUGUUCACUGAAAUCGGCGUCUUUGAAGGAACCACCAUUUAGCUGGCACCAAUCUGAAGCAGUUGUACCGAAUCAUCCUGAAGUUCAAGCUUUUCUUCGGUCCAGUCAAGAAUGCAUGACCUACACGAAGUUUACUGGAAUCGCUGAGGCUCGCAAUUUCGCCGCACAACUUAUGAGAGGGUCUAAAAACUUCAGCGUUUCCGUUACUACGUCUGGCGCUGGCAAAAAUUCCCGUUGCAUCAUUACGAAAACCCGUAAACAUUACGAAGAGAUCAAUCAACCAUUUUUUACCAGCAAAGGUGAAUUGGAAUCAUUGGUGAAGCUUCGGGAACGCCUAGGUAAAGAGAAUUUGAAGAAGAAACGUGUAACAGCCGACGAAGUCAGUGUCAUCCCUUCACCUAAACGCAGCAAGGUCGAAAAAAAAUGAAAAAAUGUGUUUGUUUGCUUUAAUUCAGAAAGUUCUUUGUUGUCAUUUUAACUGAAUUUGCGAUGUUUCCCGUUUUAUUGCGGAAUUUCUCGAGGUUGUACCAAUCAAUAAAUGUUGCCUGUUGCAGA